AUGUACACAUCGUCUGACAACUAUUGGAAUUAUACAAUGCUUAUGGAAAGCUAUUAUAGGGAUUUAAUAAACAGAAACUAUCUGGCUACUCAGCUGCCCCGAUAUGGUUUACAUAUGCAGAAUCCAUCGUACUACUAUCCUAGUCUUGAUGGAUCGCGUCUUCAUUUUCGCUCAAACCUAUCUUCAAUAAGACGAGGAUCAUCAAGAAACAACCAACGUUUAGCUACGCACACGCAAACUUAUAGAGGUCCCAAUGUAAUCGAUAAUGUGGUAAUGAUUGGUGUUCCAUUUGUGGCAAACGGUCUGAUGGCCGGUGUGCAGCUUGAGCCUCAAGGUAGCUUCUCCGGAGGAUUCGAUCAUGUUUUCGGUCAAAUAAGUGGUUUUGGAGAUUUCGAUGAUACAGGCUCGGAUCUAAUUGACAUGUUCGAUGUCGGCGGUGAUAUGUUCGAUCUAGUCGGAGAUUUUUUUUAA